GCUAAGCAGAGUGACUGUGUGAGAGAUUGAGAAAAGUGCUGUAGUGACAACAAGGAAGAAAGAGUAAAACAGAGAGAAAGACAGAGCAUGCAAAAGACAGACAUAAUGAAGGGGGCAUCUACUUAUUCGUAACAACCCUACAGACCUAAGAAAAAGUAAUUCGACUUUGUAUGGGAGGAGUGAAGUGGGGAGUCUUUUGGAGAUCAUGGGAAGUACACAGGCACCAGAACAUCAUAACAUCUCAGAGGGUUUUAACAUUUCUGCGCCCAUCUCCUAUGCCAGCAAUGAUGUACAGAUGGUGCUGCUGGGCAUUGUCAUGUCCAUACUGGUCCUGGCCAUCGUCUUCGGCAAUGUGUUGGUGAUUACAGCUAUCGCCCGCUUCCAAAGACUCCAGAACGUCACUAACUGCUUCAUUACAUCACUUGCAUGUGCUGAUCUGGUCAUGGGAUUGGUGGUAGUGCCCUUCGGUGCCCUUAACAUAAUCCUGAAAAAGUGGCACUUUGGCAAAUUCUGGUGUAAGUUCUGGACAGCCACCGAUGUUCUGUGCGUCACAGCCAGUAUUGAGACACUCUGUGUCAUCGCUCUGGAUCGCUACCUUGCUAUCACGUCACCCUUCCGCUACCAGUCCAUGCUGACCAAGUGCAGAGCGCGCAUUGUGGUGCUGCUGGUGUGGGUCAUCGCUGGGCUCAUUUCUUACCUACCAAUCCAUACAAAUAUCUGGGAAUCUGAGGGUCAAGAAGCGGAAAAUUGCAGGAAAAAUGUUUACUGCUGUGAAUUCCACACUAACACUCCCUAUGCCAUCACUUCCUCCAUAAUUUCCUUCUACAUCCCAUUGAUUAUUAUGGUUUUCGUCUACAGCCGUGUAUUCCAGGAGGCAAGAAAGCAGCUGAAGAAGAUUGACAAAAGUGAGGGCCGAUUCCAUGCUCAGAAAAACAAUAGGAAAAAGCAGGAGGUGACAAGCAGUGGAGGGGUCGUAAGCGGCCAAUGUGACAUGAGGAACAUCAAGAAGCCUAAGUUCUGCUUGAAAGAACAUAAGGCUUUGAAGACAUUGGGCAUCAUCAUGGGCAUCUUCACACUGUGUUGGCUGCCUUUCUUUGUAAUAAAUGUAGUGGUGGACAUCUAUAAGACGGACAACAUCAUCUUGUCAUCCACAAUUUUAAACUGGAUAGGCUAUGCUAACUCAGCCUUCAAUCCAUUGAUCUACUGUAGGAGUGCAGAGUUCAGGUAUGCUUUCAUGGAGAUCCUAUGCCUCAAUAGGUCACCCUACCCUUAUGUGAGGCCAACUAAUGGAUAUAAAUAUAGUGGGCAUUGCUGGCAAAGUCAACACAGAGAGCGAAGCAAAGGCAGUUCAGACGACAGUGACCCAGCUGAUAGCAACUCAGGUAAAGAAGGAUGUGGGACUGCAGAUAAAACUAACUCUAAUGGGAACUGCAUUAAAAACAUAAUGAGUGUGUUAUAAUUCACCUUGCAAGUCCUGACUUGUUCCACUUCUUAGUAUGUCACAUAAGGACAGGUUACGCCUCCUCUGGUAAGUGGGCGAGUGUGGAUGCGUGCAAGGGUUGUUUCAUGGUGGAAAUCUGGCAUUUUCAAAAUCUUUAUCUACCUCAUUUUCUAUUGUUUUCUCAUUCACCUUAACUUGCUCUAUCAGUUUAUUUUGUCAUGGCCCUGUUAGCUCACGCAAAAGCUAGCUUGGGCAUUAGAAAAAAUAACAACAACAAAAAUAAAAAAACAACAACAACCAUAAAUUAAUGCUAAAAAUGCUUCUUGAUUUGGAUUUUAUUGAACAUAAAAUAUUAAUAGAGGAACAGGACCUACUAUGAUAGGGAAGAAUGCUAUAUGAAUAUCUGAGGUGGGGGUUUAGCACUAAAGAGACUUCCAUUUGCCCCACCUCUCUCUCAAGAUGUCUCUGUCUAUUGGCAAUCAAUCCACGCCCAAUUGAGGAGCUGAACUACAAUUUCUAAGAAUUGAGAAAUUCUCAUGAUCUGCUUCAAUACCACUUUCCUAAGACUAACAGACUAAAAUAGGUAUUGCCUAUUUGAAGCACUUUUUUAAACUGCUACUUUGCAUUCUUAAAUAUUAAACCAUGUCAUUCACUCAAACCAUGGCAAACACUUCACAUUUUUACUUUCACUCUUGUAAAGCUGGUCAUUUCAAUUAUAGUUCAGUUUCAAUACAAUCCCUGCUCUGCAAUGCAAUACAAACCUGCCUUUACAUCAAAAUUGUAUCUUACACUUGCCACAGCUCUUUCAUGUUUUGUUUUGUGUCGGCAUGAGUUGACAAUCUGAACAAAAGGGCUGGGUUAAAAAUGACCCAGCAUGCAAACAACAACUCUUGCCACAGUAAUAAAAAUAAAUAGGAGAAAUAACUUGCAUGGUCAUAUAUGUCUGUUGAAGGAAAUUGCAGAACGAUAUGGUUCAUUCUUUCAGUCAUGCGAUUGCUUAAGCUGAGCAUCCUUAAAUGGAAGUCACAAAAUAUAAACUCCUUCAUGCUAGUGUCUUAUACCGUUUAUGAAGUAUUUUUACAGCAUAAACAAAAAUCUAUAUCUCUCGGUUAUAACACAGAACUGGUCUCUGGUGGCCUGUUUUGAUUCGCCUCGUGUAAUUUCGGGUCUCUCUGCAGGCGCAGGCCGUAAGGCUGCCAGAUCCUCAGUAUUUACCCUGGGAAUGUACAACUGAGCAAAAUCCAACAACCCUCUGUGUAAAUCCCUGAGAUUCUGUGUUUAUCAAAGACAUUAUGUGACUCCCUCCCAAAAAAAAAAAAAAAAAAAAAAAAAAAAAAACAUUAUCUAGUAAGAUAAAUAAAUUAGGAUGUAUCUUGUUUCAUAUCUGCAAGCAAUGAUAGGCUCAGCUAAUGCAUGCUGUGAUAAGCACACAGUCAUUUUAAUGUUCCCUACUAACUCAAAUUUCUGACCUAGGCGUUUAAUCUAAUGUUCCAUACACAUCAACAACUGUGUUAGUGUGGUGAUGAGGUUUCAAUACUUGUCAGUGUUUGUGAACUAUUAAUUUAGGUCAAGUGGUUUUCUACGUGUUACUGUGCAGCCUGCUUAUGCUGUCGAAACUGUGAACUUUGUUCUUUAGGAAGUCUCUCUGGCACAUUUGUGGCUUCUUUGUGGUCUUGUUUCAUGUUCUAGCAACGUUUGUUGUGCACAUAAUGAAACGCUUAUAAAACAUUUUUAUAAGUUACUUUACAUGGGGAAAAAAACAUUUAUUUCUGUUUUAUGGGAGCAAUAUUGCUGUUUUAUGGGAGCAUUGCACCAAAGUGCAGUUUAAAACUAGCUUUUAAUGUAAUGUAUUGUAAAUUUGUCUAAGCUUUGGCAUUGUUAAUGUAAUACAAGCGUUGUCAAUGUAUGUCAACAUAUUUAAAAGACCAUAGGGAUUAUUAUUAUUAUGCUGGUCUUCUGAAGACAGUGCACUAUUAGUGAGAGUAUGCAUGUAUGGAUGUCUUUGUUCAGGAUGUGAAAGUGAAUGUGACAGCUUGGACAGAUUUGUUAACACUGCACCCUUCUGGGAGAGUUGUUCUCUGCAGAGAGCUCAAUUGCCUAUGUUAAACUCUUGACCUGUAAUCUUGUGCUAAAUUGUCCUUAUAGAAAUAUUUGUGCAAUCUUUGCCAUGAUUGUAGCGUUGUGGUUUACUGUUGUGUUAGAACUUUAAUGUUGCAUUCUCUGUGGACACGUUUAUCUUUAACAAGUAAAGUGUUUACAUUCAUAAAUGUCUUUCUGUUAGACAUGUUUUAGGUUUAUUGGCAUGCUAAAUGACAUGAAUUAUCAUGAAUCUACACAAUGUUCUGAAAUUUUUGAAUCAGAUCGCUAUGCAUCCCAUUGAUGCAACACAGGAUGUCACUUUUAAAGCUCAUUAAAGAUGCAAUGAGUAAUUUUUUUUUUCAUACAUAAAUGUGUCGUACCUAGAAAAGUAAUGGUAUUUUUGACAUAUAUGUUUAAAAUAGUGUGCACACAUAAGAAAUGACGACUCCAGUCAUAUCAGUGGCCUUGCAAAGGGUGUUUUAUUCGACAUAAAAGUUAUCCCUAUGGUGGCAGCCAUGUUGAGAUCACCAGCUGGAUACUACUCACUUUGGCUAUGUUUGGAAUAGCAUACUGCCAUACUAUUCAUAAUAAUUCUGCAAUAUAUAUAUGCAGAAAUAUUAAGAGUUGUAUGGUAGUACGCUUUUCUAAACAUGCAGUAGCCUCUCGGCAACCCCGAAGAUCGGACACUUUUGGUUCCAAAAUAAAUAAAUCAUGGGAUAAAGGGUUUUUUGAUGGUUAUUUCAAUGGCAUCUUUAACUGAAAACUUUUGCUUUUUGUGAUGCUGCUGCCACACCAAUAGGUGUCAGAGAUAUGUCCAAGACUGAUGUAUUGGCCAGCAAAACAUGAACCAAAUGACUUUCCUUUAAAGGAAUAGUUCACCCAAAAAUAAAAAUUCUUAUUUACUCACCCUCAUGCCAUCCCAGAUGUGUAUGACUUUCUUUCUUCUGCAGAACACAAAUUAAGAUUUUUAGAAGAAUAUUUCAGCUCUGUGUGUCCAUACAAUGCAAGUUAAUGGGUGCCAAAAUGUUGACACUCUAAAAAGCACGUAAAGGCAGCAUAAAAGUAAUCCAUAUGACUCCAGUGGUUAAAUACAUAUCUUCAGAAGUGAUAUGAUAGGUAUGGGUGAGAAACAGAUCAAUUUUUAAGUCAAUUAUUGCUAGAAAUUCUUCUCCCUGCCAAUAGGUGGCAUAUUCAUGAAGAUGUGAAUCACCAAGAACAUAAGAAGAAGAAUGUGAAAGUGAAAGUUAAAGUGGAGAUUGACUGAGCAGGGAGGAGAAUUUAUUGUAAAAAUCUUGAUCUGUUUCUCACCCACACCUAUCAAAUUGCUUCUGAAGAUAUGGAUUUAACCACUGGAGUCAUAUGGAUUACUUUUAUGCUGACCUAUAUGAUUUUUAGAGCUUCUAAAUUUUGUCACCCAUUCACUUGCAUUGUAUGGACCAAAAGAGCUGAGAAAUUAUUCGUUUGUGGUCUGCUGAAGAAAGAAAGUCAUACACAUCCGGAAUGGCAUAAGGGUGAGUAAAUGAUGAGAGAAUUUUCAUUUUUGGGUGAGCUAUUCCAUUAAAUGUGUCUGUACAGCUGAAAAGGAAACAAUACGUUUUUCAGUUCUGACAGGAAAAUUUGGUGUUCCUAUUAACCACAGUUUACCAGUACAGUUUUGAAAUAGACAGGUUUUUUUUUUUUUUUUUUUUUUUUUUUUGCUCUACAAAUUUGCAUUGUUUGGUAUUUUUCACAUUUGUGAAACACCGAACAGACACGGUGUGGUCAGCCCCUCACUGGUGCAUUAAGAUGUGAUUAAAAAACAUGAAUUUGAAUAUCAGUACACAGGCAAAUAAACACUCUGUUUAGCCUUUUAAAGCCUUUUAGGAGUGCUUAAUUCAUGGCAUGAGUACUGUAUAUAAUACUGUACCAAUUUGAUGUUUACUUUGAGCAACUUUCGCACAAGAUUUAUCACUGUUUUGUUGAACUUGUGAAGUAUGUUCAACUAUACUUAUUGUUCAGUGGUAUUUAUGAAAUACAAGUGUCAUUCCAUUUGUAUUCUGUAAUAAAUGAUGUAUUUAAUGUA